GACUCUCGGACAGUCCGUCGUCCGAGUCGAGCAGCAAGCUCUUCAGGCAGGUCAGCAUGACGAUGCGGUCCUUCCUGUGGAGCAAGGGCCACAGGAACCUCCUUAUACGAGGGAUCACCUCCUUCUGCCAAGCUUCGGCCACGUGUGUGCUGGUGGCGGAAGGGAUCGAUUUGCCUCACAAGCCGUUCCUGGCGGUGUUCCAGCUGAUCGCCUCCGCGAGCCUGGUGUGCCAGUGGCGCACGGCCGACCCCCGGAUGUUUGUGCUCCGUGGCUGCGCCAGCUGGGCGACGGCCCUCCUACUCGGGGCUGGCGGAUUUGUUCACUCGAUCCCGUGCGGCCGGUGGUGGCUCUGGGAGCGCUGCGCCACCGAAGCCUGGUCCGGCGGCAAGCGCAAGUUUCGCAUCGUGCAGAUCUUCAGCUUCGUGAGGAUGAUCCUCAAUGGCCUUUCCCUGUUCUGCCAGUUCCUCUAUCCCUACCGGAUGUUUGGAGGCCACGGGAACGAGCAGCUGUUCUACCGAGGCUGGGUGCAGCUGUCUGGCGUCGCCAUCAACAUGACGGUGGGCAUGAUGAAGCUGCAGGGCGUGGACUCUGUCCAGAAGCACGAUUCCGUCGAGAUUGUCAUUGACUUCGUUCGCAUCCCAAUCAUUGCAGUGGCUUCCUGGUCCUUGUUUGACCAGUGGUACCGCACAGGCAAGAACAACACGGGCCACCCCUUCAGCGACCUCUACGAGAGCAUGUCCAGGGCCCAGGGCGGCUGGGGCGCCAUGUUUGGCAAGUAUAUGAAGCUGCACCUGCUGUCUCCGACUGGCCUUGCGACGGCAGGCGCCCCUACUACUGUCUUCGGCACGGACAUUCUCAUUUGCGCACGCAUCGAGUUCAUGAUCGCCGACCUCGAUGUCCACCGCACGUCGUUGAACAGGAACGGUGCCAAAGGCUUCAGGACCAAGGACCUCUUCGACAAACUGCAAAUGACGUGCGGGCUUAAGUUCGCGCCCCACGGCAUCCUGCUGGAUCCUGAACUGCGCCGCCAAUGGACGUAG